CGCCGAGAUGUGAAAGGAAGAAGGAGAUUGUGGAAACGUGAAUUUGCUGGACUGAAUGGUGACUCUUUGGAUGGUGGCGCUAAAAUGACACUCAGCUCAUGGCAUCCGGUGCAAAAGUUAUCAGCCGAUGCAAUAUAUUUUUUGAUAAUCAAAUUUACCACCAUCAAAUUUGUUCCUGCUGGAACGAAUGUACAAGCACCCUUAGCUCAUAAUUUAACUGUGGAUGUGCAAUGGCGCGGUCCGAAUGGAUAUCUAAGUGCGAUUGAUUAUCCACUACUCCGAUUUUACGCUUUUAUGUGGUCUAUUUGUUGCAUACGUUAUUGGAUGGAUCUGUUGAGGAUUCAGUUUUGUAUUGGUGCGGUGAUUGUAAUUGGAAUGAUUGAGGAAGCAAUGUUUUAUUCAGAAUAUGCAACAGUGAAUGAUGAUGGUACAUCUGUGCACGGUUUUAUUGAGGUAUUUGUAAUGGCUGGACAGCUACUCUGUUAUUUUUUGGAUAAAUAUUUGAAAAACAAAAAAAAAAAAAACAGUGAGGGGUUCCGGAUUUUGUAA